GAGAUUUAUGAUAAUUAAAAUCAAUUAUUUCUCCAAAAUCUCCUUAAACCUAAAUAAAUGGAGAAUAUUAUAGCAAUGUAGCCAUGAGAGAAAGAAAAAGCAAGAAAAAAAAAAGUGAAAAAUACCCACAACUGAAAAAGAGAAAAAGCGAAGAAAGAGAGUAAAGGGUAGUUGGGAUACUUUCAAAGUAAGAACACCAUCGUCCAUCACCAACAAGAACAAAAAGGUGAAAUUCAUUUAUAUUUAUCCAUUUUCAAGCAGGUUCUUCAGUUCUUUAUUGAUGGUAUUCACAAAUUUACGCCAUGAGAGUUUCCACCAAGCUUUAACACAACUACCCUUUAAUGGCGGUGCAGUUAUACGCACUCAUAUUGGCGUGAUAGUGACAAAUUUCCGCCAUGGUGGUUUCCAUCAAUUAAAUUUUGAGUUUGAUUGGUAAUUUAGGAGUAAAUUAAGACAUGAUUACAGAACAAAAACAGUUGUUAAGAUCUUUUCGGAGAAGUCACACUUCUACGCCUUCAUCGUCGUCUUCUUCGUCUUCGCAAUUGUCUUCUUCUUGGAUUCAUUUAAGAUCGGUGCUUUUUGUAGUUAAUAGUUCAUCUUCUUCUUCAGUUUCCAAUGAUCGGUUAAGUCUUAAAUCUCCUUGGUCUAGGCGGAGGAGAAAACGUGCCCUUCUACCUAAGCAAUGGGUACGUCUGUUUGAACCCGAUGGUAGAUUGUCGAAUGGUGGUGUUAAGUUUUUGAAGAAAGUUAGAAGCGGAGGUGUUGAUCCCAAUAUUAGAGCAGAGGUCUGGCCAUUUCUUCUUGGAGUUUAUGACUUAAACAGCACAAGGGAGGAAAGAGACUCCACCAGAAACCAGAAAAGGAAAGAAUAUGAAAGCUUACGAAAACGAUGUCGCCGAAUUCUAAGACGUAGUGCUGUAAGCUCCAAGGGUAAUGAGACUGCUGAAAACAGCAAUGGGGGUAGUGGUGGUUUUUUCAGUCAAGUUUCGGACACUCUCGAUUUAGAUGAUAUAAGCAGUGCAAGAACUUCAAAUGGUGAUGAUUUGUACACUCCCGAUUCUGAUGGGCCUAUCUGGGAUCCUGAAAUUUUGUCCUCUGCCAUUUCAUUUGAAGAAGGCGAUAAGAUUCUGUUGAGAGCCGAAGAGGGUUCUGUUGCUAGUUCUGUAUUGUCUGAGUCUGAGUCUGAGUCAUCCGAAGAUGAUGACAAUGUACCUUAUGCUGAAGAUUUUAAAGAAAAUGAUCUGGAUGAGAAUUUAACUUCUUCACCUUCAAAAGCAGAUAAUGGCUUGAUUUUCUCAUCCGAAGAUUUUGCCACGUGGCAGAGAAUUAUUCGUGUUGAUGCACUUCGGGCAAAUCCUGAAUGGAUCGUAUACAGCCCUUCCCAGGCUGCUGUCUCAGAAGCUACGGCUAAACAGCAAGCAGAAAUAGUUGGCCUGAAGGAGUAUGAUCACUUAGAACCAUGCAUGAUAUGCCAUGCUACCCGUCUUGUUUCUAUCCUUGAAGCUUACGCCCUUUACGAUCCCGAGACUGGAUACUGCCAGGGGAUGAGUGAUCUUCUGUCUCCCAUUAUAUCGGUCAUAGAGGAUGACCACGAAGCAUUCUGGUGCUUUGUUGGUUUCAUGAAAAAAGCAAGGCACAACUUCCGGCUUGACGAGGUGGGGAUCAGAAGACAGCUAGGUCUUAUAUCCAAGAUCAUCAAAUGCAAGGACUCCCAUCUUUAUAGACAUUUAGAAAAGCUUCAAGCAGAAGACUGUUUCUUUGUGUACAGAAUGGUGGUGGUCCUUUUCAGAAGAGAAUUAACGUUCGAGCAGACACUUUGUCUCUGGGAGGUUAUGUGGGCUGACCAAGCCGCAAUCAGAGCUGGAAUCAGCAAGUCAGCGUGGGGGAAACUGCGGCAGAGUGCUCCUCCCACUGACGAUCUACUUCUCUACGCUGUAGCAGCAUGCGUGCUGCAGAGACGGAAAUUAAUACUAGAGAAAUACAAUAGCAUGGAUGAAAUAAUACGGGAUUGUAAUAACAUGGCUGGAAACUUGGAUAUCUGGAAGCUUCUGGAUGAUGCUCAUGAUUUGGUGGUGACUUUGCAUGACAAGAUUUAAGCACACCCAAACUUUUGGCUCAGGACAUUGUUUUUGGUGGGGUUUUUUUUUUAUUUAUUUUUUCCGAUUUAUUUGUUGUAUUUUGGUUUGGGGAUCUUCCCCGAACCAACCAUCCAUUAGACGAGGCUGUAGAAAGCAAAGCACUACUGAUACAGAUACAGUGAUGUACUAAUGUAUGCUCCCUGUCGGUGUACUAAUUGCCCGCGCUCAAGAUAAGCCUGAUGAGUGAUGGAGGCGGAAUUCCAGAAUCAGUGAAACUGGUAAAGAUCUGUAGCCAUUGUAUCCUGUUUGGAUUGAUUGACAUGUUUCAGUAGUAUUUAUCUUUGCCUCUUCUAUUCAAAGAUCAAAGAGUCGCACUUAAAUUUCGAACAAUAGGAGUGAUAUCGAGUGAUUUUGUUGUUUUUUGAGCCUUUGAGGUUAGAUAUAGCGGUCAUCGUCAAUAUCAAUACAUGGUUGAUCAUAGAGUUGUAGGUUAAUUUGUCCGGUUAGUGACCCAAAUAUAAAAGUGACGGGAAUCAAUAUGCUAACUAGCUAUGUACAAAACUUCAUAUUGGAAAAUGAAAAUGACACUGAAUUAAUAUGUUGACUAAG